AAUAAUUAUCUACAACGAAACAUUAAGGAAAUAAAAAACCAAGUAUCAAAUCUGUAGUCAAUUAAAGCAUAUUAUGAACUCCUCGUGAUUUUAUCGUUUUGAAUUGUCAAAAAAAAGACUGCAAACUUACCCUUGAGACGGUUGUUGACCACCUGCACGUCAUUGAAAAAGAAAGAGAUCGAAAAGCUUCCCAUAGAAUCUACAACUACAUAUAUGAGUAAAUAGAGUUAGGACUUUGGGGACAUGGUAUCUCUCCUUCGAAGCAAUGAAAGAAUUGUUUGGAAGAAAAGCUCAACCACCGCUAAGGAAGAAAACCAAGGGACAGAAAGAGGAGGAUCGCCACCUACAGCUAUUUUCGUCUGUCUAUCCCUUGAGUAAGCCCCAAGCCUCCUUCUUCCUUCUUCUUGCCUCCACUUGAAUUCUCUUGUCCUUUCAAGCCAUGGGAAAACAUCGAGUUGGUUUCGUGUUGAUCUUCUCCGCCAUUGCCUCCCUCGGCCUUGUCUCCUUCGCCUCUUGUCUUGUUGCAGAGGCUAAGAGACCCAAGAAGGGUGAUCUCAAGUUGGAUGGAAAGCUGUGUUUCUUGCCUACCAGUCGUGCCUUCGGAUUCGGAGUUGCAGCACUGAUCUGUCUCUCAAUCGCUCAAAUCAUAGGCAACGUAGCAAUCUGGGCGAAUUGCUGGUGGAGAGGAAAGGCGAGAAAGGCUAAGAAACCAUUUCUUACUGCAAUUCUCCUGGCUAUUUCCUGGAUCAGCUUUGGAGUUGCAGUCAUCUUAUUAAGUGCGGCCAUGAGUAUGAGCCGAACACAACCCUACGGAGAAGGAUGGUUGGACGGUGAAUGCUACCUAGUUAGAGAUGGAGUAUACAUAAGUUCCGGGGUUUUAGGCCUGGCUGCCCUGUUCACCUUGCUCGGCGCAGCCGCCAUGAUGAUUACGGUGGAUCAGGUUGAUCAAGGCCAGAAAGUAUAUGCACAGAAUGUCGACAAUAAAAGCAGUGAUAGAAUUGCAAUGUUUGGGGAAUCAGAGGCGGCUUAGUUUCAAGAAACAGGAUGGGUUUAUAAAUUUUCAAAGAAAAAGAAUCAAGUCUUCCACUGAAGACCGCAACUGACAACCGCUGAAACAUUGCAGACGCCAAAAGGCCCAACGGGAGGCUUGAAAAGCAAUACUGGAAACUCUUCUACAUCUUGAUAUUGAUAUUAGGAA